AUGGUGUACCAUCUUGAGCCGGCUGCAGAUAUUCCCGAAGACGAAGCUCAGAUGAUUGUUGACAUUCAACAUGCAGAUUUUGUGCAGCGCAAUCUUGGUGCUGCUCCAUUGCAAGCUGAACUGAAUGAUGAGGCAGAGCUGGAGCCUCGCAAUGAGCUUGUUCCAGAAGACAUUUUCAAGGGCCGCGUCAACAGGAUGAGCAAAGACACCUCUCGCCAUUUUCUUGAAGGAGCGGCUCUGCGACCUUGCCGCGAUGCGCUGAGUCGCGCCGGCUAUGAGGUGGAGAUUCAGGGCGGCUGCUUGGUUUUCGUCCAUCCGCAUCAGUAUGAAGAUGUGCUCAGGGCCCUUCAGACUUUCACGUUGACCCGUGCAGACAUCGUUUUUGCGGCCUCCUUCGAGUACUUGGUGGAGCAAACCUUGAGUCUCGCCGUUGACGUGGGGUGCCAGGGAUCUUGGAUGAAGUCCAGAGAUCAGCUUCCGAUGGAGAUUGAGACGGAUGGAGAGCAAAAGGAAGAAUCAGUGGAAGUUGAUGGUGUCCUGGAAAUUGACAGGACAUUCUAUCGAUGGCGGCCAGCAACAGCGGCUGCUUCUAACCCGAAACCCUUGACUUUUUAA